AUGAGGCAAAUAAAUCUAGAGCGAAACACACUGGCACGUCUUAGAAAAAGAAAAGGCUGUCAUGGGCUCCUGGUCAUUCUAACUGAUGAAGCUGCCCUUGUGCUGCCAACCGAAUACCGUACAUGUGUCCGCGCCGGGCCGCCGGAGACAGUUUACAUUUCCGACUGCCGACUUGACUCCUCACGCAUGUCAAAGCCCCCCCCGACUGAGUAUCCGUUCACUGCUGACGAAUAUCAGGCAAUCCAGAAUGCUUUGCAAAGGCGUUUGGGACCGGAAUACAUCAGUCAACGUCCAGCAGGCGGGGGGCAAAAGGUCUGCUACAUUGAAGGUCACAGGAUUGUCAACCUCGCUAAUGAAGUCUUUGGUUAUAAUGGAUGGUCCCAUUCUAUCACACAACAAAAUGUUGAUUUUGUGGAUCUCAUUAAUGGAAAAUUUUAUGUCGGUGUUAGUGCAUUUAUUAAGGUCCAACUCAAGGAUGGAUCUUUCCAUGAAGAUGUUGGCUAUGGAGUGAGUGAGGGACUGAAAUCCAAGGCACUCUCACUGGAGAAAGCCAGAAAGGAAGCAGUCACUGAUGGAUUAAAGCGAUCUCUGAAAUCCUUUGGCAAUGUCUUGGGUAAUUGUAUUCUGGAUAAAGAGUAUCUGCAACUAGUCAAUAAGCUACCCAGACAGAAAUCAGAUUUUCACUUGGCUGAUGCUAAAAGAAGGGACAAUGAACCUUUAGUGCAGAAAGCCAGAUACAGCAGCAUGUUACAGGCUCAGAUGCAACCUCCAUCUACUCUUACUUCACAUUCUCCACAAGAUGUUAAAGAAGAGUUAUCUGAAACGAAGGAAGUUCUGAUACAAGGAAACUGCAACUUCUCACGAAGUAGAGAUCACAGCACUGACCAAACAACCGUGCCACAGGAGCAGGAGUUGGAUCCCACAUACCAACGGAAACUUCGACAGAAGCAACUCCAACAAGAGUUCAGAGAACAGAUGGCAAAAAAAAGCAAGACACAACCACAGAAUACUGACAGUUCCAGAACACAAGCAAACACCCACCCAGAGAAGUCUAAAUCAACACCACAGUUGAAUCACAGCACACCAGUCAGCUAUGAAGGAAACUUUGCCGAAGACAAAUUCCUAGUUGAUGAUCCUGAAUUCUGGGAUAUCCCUCUGGAUGGUGGUGGUAUUGACAAUAAAUCAAAUGCCCCUUACCAAGGACAAGUUCCGUCUACACCUCCUGUAGGCCAGCACCAAAUGAUGACACGGAGCAGAACACCACAAAGGAUAAAUUCUCACGAACAACCACACAAUGCAUACCAACUUGGCCUAAUGAGGUCCAGUCCUUGCCGACUGGGACAGUUCAUGAAGAAACGAAGAUUGGAACCUACUUGAAAAGAACAAAACAUAACAAACAACAUUGUAUUUCAACAGACAUACCUACGUUAUUGUAUGGCUGGGUUUUUUAAAUGUUGUGGAGAAACAUCCAGAGUAAAGUGCAGGGCUUUUAAGGGAAA